CGCCGCCGCCGCCGCGCUCGUCCCGCUCCGGAGCCGCAGUGCGCGCCGCGGCCCCCGCGCCGCGGAAGCGCAGCCGCCGCCGCCGCCCGCCGCCGCCGCCCGAUGGCCCCGCUGCGGGAUCGCCUGCCCCGCCUGCUGGUCGCCAUCCGGUCCCUGCUCUUCUGGUCCCUGGUCUACGGCUACUGCGGGCUCUGCGCCUCCUUCUACCUGCUCAAACUUUUGUGGAGCAUCGGCACGGGACCCACGCAGACCUUCCGGCGGGCCGCCCGGGACCACCCUCCCGCGGGCUUGAACGACCCCUCGCUGGGGACCCACUGCUACGUGCGCAUCAAGGAUUCAGGGUUAAGAUUUCACUAUGUUGCUGCUGGAGAAAGAGGCAAACCACUUAUGCUGCUCCUCCACGGAUUUCCAGAAUUCUGGUAUUCUUGGCGUUACCAGCUGAGGGAAUUUAAAAGCAACUAUAGAGUUGUAGCACUGGAUUUAAGAGGCUACGGAGAAACAGAUGCUCCCCUUCAUCGCGAGAAUUACAAAUUGGACUGUCUAAUUACAGAUAUAAAGGAUAUUUUAGACUUUUUAGGGUACAGCAAAUGUGUUCUUAUUGGCCAUGACUGGGGGGGCAUGAUUGCUUGGCUGAUAGCCAUCUGUUACCCCGAAAUGGUAAUGAAGCUUAUUGUUCUUAACUUCCCUCAUCCAAAUGUAUUUACAGAAUAUAUUUUACGACACCCUGCCCAGCUAUUCAAAUCGAGCUAUUAUUACUUCUUCCAAAUACCGUGGUUUCCAGAAUUUAUGUUCUCCAUAAAUGAUUUCAAGGCUUUGAGGCAUCUGUUUACUGGUCACAGCACUGGCCCUGGAAGGAAAGGAUGUCCAUUAACAACAGAAGAUCUUGAAGCUUGUAUUUAUGUUUUUUCUCAGCCUGGAGCAUUAAGCGGUCCAAUUAACCAUUACCGAAAUAUCUUCAGCUACCUGCCUCUCAAACAUCCCAUGGUGAUCACGCCAACACUACUACUGUGGGGAGAGAAGGACGCAUUUAUGGAGGCUGAGAUGGCUGAAGUCACCAAGAUUUAUGUUCAAAACUAUUUCAGGCUAACUAUUUUGUCAGAAGCCAGUCACUGGCUCCAGCAAGAACAACCUGACAUAGUGAACAAAUUGAUAUGGACAUUUUUAAAAGAAGAAACAAGGAAAAAAGAUUGACCUUUUCAAUGAAGGGUCUGAAAGGAAAUCUCUAAAUGAUUUUAAAAAUUUGUUUAUCGACUUCUUUAAGCUUCAUUAGGUAAAGAUUGUUUUCAAAGGCUUUAUCGUCAACAAAUAUCCUGACAAAUGACAUUGAAAAAAAUCCGAGAAUGUGUGAACUUGUGCAGAAUGUGGAUCUUCUGUUGUACUCUGCACAGAAAAGCAUCUGCCUUAAAGUGGAUACACUGCUUGAUACACAAAGAGGAAGCUGGGGAAAGUUGCUCAGUUGUGGUGUCUGGCGUUCUUUACCCUGUUAACAUAUGGUGCCUUUUACAAAUGUCUGUUAAAGAUUAGCUAUGCCAUAUUAAAAGGCAGACCUGCAAUGGUAUAAAUUUUCAUUUUGUAGUUCAAAAGUUCCUUUUACUAUUUUUUUUAACCAUUAAAAAAGUCUAUUAUC